AUGAAUGCUGAAGGUGGCGGUGCGUGGGGUUCUUGGGGGAAAGAAAAACUUGGCACAUGCUCACUGACCUGCGGAACCGGAACACAGACGGUAACCAGAACGAGGCUGUGUGACAACCCGGCACCAACAAAUGGCGGAGAAACGUGUCCCGGAGAAAGCAAAGAAGAGAAACAGAAAGACUGUAAAAUAAAAGAAUGUCCAGGUGACGGAGCUUGGGGUGCAUGGGGAGAAGAGAAGCUCGGUAAAUGUUCAGUAAGCUGCGGAUCUGGAACACAGACGAUAACCAGAACGAGGCAGUGUGACAACCCAGCACCAACCAAUGGCGGCAAAACGUGUCCCGGAGAAGGCAAAGAAGAGAAACAGAAAGACUGUAAAAUAAAAGAAUGUCCAGGUAACGGUGCCUGGGGUCCUUGGGGAGCUGAGAAGUUCGGGAAAUGCUCACUGACCUGUGGAACGGGAACGCGACCUGUGACCAGAACGAGGCAGUGUGACAAUCCGGCGCCAUCUAAUGGCGGGAAGGACUGCCCUGGUGAAAAUAAAUCAGUGAAGAGGGAAGCCUGUAAAUUAAAAGAUUGCCCAGUUGAUGGAGUCUGGGGUGCCUGGGGAGUCAAGAUUCUUGGGAUAUGUUCAGUGACGUGUGGAUCCGGAACACGACCAAUCACCAGAAGGAGACUGUGCAACAACCCGGCACCACGUAAUGGCGGGAAGGACUGCGAGGGUGACGACAAGACUGAAAGGCAGAUUGCAUGUCAAUUAAAACAAUGUGCAGGUAACGGUGCCUGGGGUGCAUGGGGUGAUAAGAAAUUUGGAUCGUGUUCGGUAACCUGUGGAGCCGGAACACGAACCACCACCAGAACGAGGCUGUGUGACAAUCCGGCGCCAUCUAACGGCGGAGAUGACUGCCCUGGAAGUGGCAAGGAAGAAACAACGGACAUCUGUAAACUUAAGGACUGCCCAGGUAACGGUGCCUGGGGUGCAUGGGGUGAUAAGAAAUUUGGAUCGUGUUCGGUAACCUGUGGAGCCGGAACACGAACCACCACCAGAACGAGGCUGUGUGACAAUCCGGCGCCAUCUAACGGCGGAGACGACUGCCCUGGAAGUGGCAAGGAAGAAACAUCGGACAUCUGUAAACUUAAGGACUGCCCAGGUAACUUGUUCAUUGGAUGUUUUUCACGAAAGACUCAGUAA